ACGUCAAGAAAGGAUUGCGAGAAAGACACAACCCACGACACACAAAUUUGCAAAACAGCUCAUCAAACAACAUAUUUUUUACGGCUGGUCUCCUCUCUCCUAUCUCACUGAAUGUUUCCACCAUGAGCAAAGCACCUCAAUACCCCUCUGGAGUCAACCAAAAUGAAAGAAGAAACAGCAGAAACAAUGCAAGAGAAGAGCAACGACCUCCUGUUGGCCAAGGAGGACCCCAAACAGAGAAUGAACAAGAAGCUUUGAGGACAUUGCUGUCCUUGCCACUGGCACAGGUUGGUCGGAGGAUUGAUACGCUACCCAUCUCUCAGAAUCCCAUUUCCUACCAACAGAUUCGUUCCAUCAUUCAUGAUGUUCUUGCUAUUGUGGAUGACGAUGAUGACAUCUUCUUGUGAUGACUGAAAGUGGGCGAAAGAACGUAAAGGAAGAUACUUUCAGGCAGGCAGAAGCCCAGCAUGCAGCAAACGAAAAACGUGCAUCAGAUUGUGUAUCAAAUUGUGUAUGUGUUGUUCUAUUGCACAAUACCCUACCGGUAGUCGCAACAGACUAAACUAAACUCUCUACUUAAGCUAGCAUUUUAAGAAGACUACGUAGGCAGACCGACUU